AUGGGUUAUCAGGUGAAGACUUCUUUACUUUCAGCUCUAGCGACGAAUACAGCACCAACCUCCCUUCAGGUACACAACAAAUACCGCGCUCUGCACCACUCCCCUCCACUAAACUGGUCAGAAGGCCUGGCCAAUGAAGCAAGCAGGAUUGCUCAGAGUUUAGCAACACAAUCUACGCUGUCAGGAAAAAAGGACUCUGCCUUAAAUUUAGGUCAAAACCUGGCUAAAUUGGCAGGUAAAUGAAAUGCUGACAUAAAUUUGACUAAUAAAGUGCAAUUGCCUGUUACUGGGUUCCAGUUAUAAACUGAAAGCUAAGGCCCCGUUUGUAUGGAGAAAAGUUGCCGCGUCCAGGGCAGAAUAGUCACCCGCCGACCCCAGCAACCCUGGCCGAGCCAAACUUUCCAAUUCAUACAUUUCCUUGCAAAACACGAGGCGAACCGUUUACAUGAAAAGCAAGAAGUUGGCUCGACUAGAGGGGUGACCCGCCUAUCCAAGUCACCCCUUUAAGCGGUUAGGUUCACCCUCCUAGCCGGUCUAACUUUUCUCCAUAUAAACACUUUGACUCGCCCAGCCGAGUCAGCUCCGUCUAGGUGCAUGAGAUAAUCAGAACAUAGCGCUUUUGGAUCGGGAUAAGGGCUCAACUUUUCCUCAUGCAAGCGCUAGCGACGCUCAUUGACUCGGCUGGGAGGGUCUUCCACUCGCUAGAUGGGAGGACCUUAAACUUCCUAUUGAUCUUAGGAUUCUAGCCAGUAGUAUUGAAAGUAAGGAAACAAGGAAUAAAAAGCUAUCAGUCAGACUUCGUAGAGAAUCGAUCACUGAAGAAACCUUGGUAUUUAAUUGAUUCGCUAUUAUAUUAGUGCUAUUAUCAACUGAGCUACUCACAAAAAUUAUUGACUCAUUUUUGUGUAUUUGAGGUAGAUUUUGUAAAGGACCUUAUGUUCGAAUUCCCCGCUCACGAUAUUCACUUCAUAACUUUCAUAUCACUUCAUCAAACGAGUGUUACAUCGCUUACCCACUAGAUACCAUUGUCAGAUUUUAUUUCCUAUAUCACAACCAAAUGCCUCUCCUAUCAAUAACUCCCAAAUAACCUCGUUGAUGCUCUUACCCGACAUACCGAAAACUGCCGCCUAGAAAAUCCUGGGCUUAUACAUCUUCGUAGGGGGUUUAAGCAGCGCGCUUAUAUUAACCGGAAUAGAAAAAGCGUUGCAAACCAAGCUUUUGCAGCUGUGCUGGUCAAACUUUCAUUUUGGUAAUAGAUUCAUGACUCUAACCGUCACGAAUAUACUGUAGUAAGUGUAGUUGUUGCUGUAGUUUGGGGUAGUUGGGGCUCAUAAUCGGUUGUUUUGUUUUGUUUACGGGUCGGAUGGGCCAAUAAUUGAGGGGGCUUAUAAGUUGGGAGGGGGAGCAUAUAAGGGGUAGUUUACUGCACUUCACAGAUUUAUAUUAGAAGGAAUGUAUGCGUGAACAUUGCAGGUUCUAUGGCAUGUAGCGAUGCAGGAGAAAUUGCAACAAAUUUAUGGUACAGUCAAGCACAAAAUUACAGCUACUCAGACCCCAGACUGAACGCCGAUACUGACACCUUUACCCAGGUAAGAACAACAAAUCUUAAGUUGAACUUAUCUCACACUAUGUUUUCCUUGUUACAAGCGUUUUUGUCGUCUCCAUCCCAGGUGUUUAAAAAUGAGAUCAACUCCACUCUGCCUGCCUCGGACAGCUUUGCUAGAUGUGGGUAGUGUGUAUGUAUCAUAUAUUUCUUUUGCGUGAAAAAAGUUGCUUGCAUACUUAAAUUCAUGAUCAUAUUACGCCGUGAAAAGCAGUACAAACACUUAAUUUUGCUUGAGGAACUGCAUGUAAUUAUAGGGGCGUAGGAUAUCGAGGAUAUUGAGGAUAUCGGUCAACGGUAGCUGCAGGUUUGAAUUCGCCUCAACCGAAAGGAAACUUAAUUUUAAAUUACAGAAGCGGUGUUUAAAACCGCCCUACAAAGUACACAAUUCACCACAUUUCUCCCUCACCCAAUCUCUGACAUUUUUAGAGCCACCCUCCCUCGAGCAACGCAAGCUCUGCGAUUCAUCGAUUGCUAGUUAUAAAUCUUGCUUUUGUUUUGUUCUUUGUUAAUCAAAGGUAAUAUGGAGAGAUUCAAAGGAAGUCGGAUUAGGAUGCGCUAAAAGCUCCUCAAAUCCCGCAGGACCCAUGUACGUGGUGGCUCUGUACAGACCCGCGGGUAAUAUCCCGAAACUGUUACGCAACAACGUCUUGGAGCCCGGUCCUCGAGGAAAUGACCCUGAUGUCUACUCAACGUUGUUCAGACGGCAGUUUGAUAAAGCGAAAAGUUUAGGACGAAUUCAACCAAAACCGCGCCGCACUUGAACUUCAUUUGAAAUGACUAUUGUUUGUACCUCAAAUAGGCAUUGUAAACCUGGAUCCUUAAUAUUUCUUGUGGCCCACUAGAAAUAGCUUAUAAUAAUAUUUGC